UCCAGUAGUUCAAGAAGUCUGGCAAAAAAUUCUGACGCGUCUUACUCGUAAUUAAUCAACAAUGUCUUUAGUUCAGCAUUUGAGAGAGUUAAUGAACGAGAGACUAACUGCUGCUGCUGAAGAAAUAUUCAGAGUUUUUCACAAAACUAUCAUCGAGUAUGAAGAAGAGAUCGACCGUCAGCGCAGACUGCUGGAUAUAGUUUGGAAACCGGAAACAAAGCUACACAGGAUAGAGCUCCCACAGCAACAUGUCUGUAAGAAGGAAAUUCCCACUGACGAGCAGCUCCGCAACCAGGAGAGGAACUCCAGUUUGGACCAAGAGGACCCAGAGCCUCCACAGAUUAAAGAGGAACAGGAGGAGCUCUGCACCAAUCUGGAAAGACAACAGCUGGUGGUGAAGCAGGAGACUGAAACCUUUAUAUCGUCUGCUACUUGUGAGGAAAGUGACAGCAGUGAAGAGCAGACUCUGGACUUGAUGAUUGAGGAUGUUGUCAGCUUGUCAGUUAAAAGCUCUGAGGUACCAGAAACAAAUAGUGAUGACCAGCUCCUCUCCCAUAACUCUCAUGUAGCUGAGAGUCAAGAUCACAAAGGAGGCAAACAAGGAGACUCAGGAUCUACUAGAAAUACAGAGACAAAACCACAGAAGACACAUUAUAAAACUAAAAGUCACAGUGACAAUGUAUGUAGCCCUAUCACAUCAAAGAUUCAGCUGGAUACUGAAACAGGUGAAAAGGUUGUGAAGUGUGACACUUGUGGAAAAGCUUUCAAGUAUAUUUCUCACUUGAAAGUACACCACAGAGUCCACACAGGUGAGAAGCCAUACACAUGUGGCACUUGUGGGAAAAAAUUCUCACAGGUGGGCGUAUUAAAAGAGCAUAUGACAGUCCACAAAGGUGAAAAGCCGUACCCAUGUGACACUUGUGGGAAAAGAUUUACCCAAGUGGCAAAAGUGAAAAGGCAUAUGAAAAUGCAUACAGGGGACAAGCCGUUCCCAUGUAACACUGUAAAAUUCCAUGUAAAAUUCGCCCAGCUGAGUGCAUUAAAACAGCAUAAUAGAGUCCACACAGGUGAGAAGCCGUACCCGUGUGACACUUGUGAGAAAAGAUUUUCUCAUCUGUGUGUAUCAUUUAAGCAUAUGAGAACUCACACAGGUGAGAAGCCGUAUCCAUGUAACACUUGUGGGAAAAAAUUCUCUCGGCAGGAUGGAUUAAAAUCGCAUAUGAGAAUCCACACAGGUGAGAAGCCGUAUUCAUGUGACACUUGUGGGAAAGAAUUUGCUGAGCUGGGCACAUUAAAAUCGCAUAUGAGAAUUCAUAAAGGUGAGAAGCCAUACUCAUGUAACACUUGUGGGAAAGGAUUCUCUCAGCAGAGCACAUUAAAGGUGCAUAUGAGAGUCCACACAGCUGCUUAUAUUGAACUGAGUUGCGGUGACAUCAGGUACAGCAAUGAAACCCAGACAUCCUUCUCCAUAGCUCUUUCGGAGGAUCCCAGGUCGUUCCAAAGUCAGAAGAGAUAUAUAAUCCCUCCAGUGUAUUCUGGGUUUGCCCCGGGAUCUCCAUGCAGUCAUCCAGGAGGCAUCCUGACCAGUCACUACCCACAACUUGUGACCAUAGUGUCUUCAGUUCAGCAUUUGAGAGAGUUAAUGAACGAGAGACUAACUGCUGCUGCUGAAGAAAUAUUCAGAGUUUUUCACAAAACUAUCAUCGAGUAUGAAGAAGAGAUCGACCGUCAGCGCAGACUGCUGGAUAUCGCCUGGAAACCGGAAAUAAAGCUACACAGAGCAGAGCUCCCACAGCAACAUGUCUGUAAGGAAGAGGAGGAGGAGGUGGUUCUUGCUGAUGAGCAGCUCUGCAACCAGGAGAGAAACUCCUGUUUAGACCAAGAGGACCCAGAGCCUCUACAGAUUAAAGAGGAACAGGAGGAGCUCUACACCAGUCUGGAGAUAGAACAGCUGGUGGUGAAGCAGGAGACUGAAACCUUAAUGUCAACUGAUACUUGUGAAGAAAGGGACAACAGUGAAGAUCAGACUCAGGACUUCAGUCCUGAUGAAACUUGGAGUGCAGCAGAGGAUGAGCAUGUUGUCAGCAUGUCAGUUAAAAGCUCUGAGGUACCAGAAACAAACAGUGAUGACCAGCUCCUCUCCUAUAACUCUCAUGUAGUUGGGAGUCAAGAUCACAAAGGAGGCAAACAGGGAGACUCAGGAUCUACUAGAAAUACAGAGACAAAACCACAGAAGAGACAUUAUAAAACUAAAAGGGACAGUGACAAUGUAUGUAGCCCUACCACAUCAAAGAUUCAGUUGGAUACUCAAACAGGUAAAAUGGUUUUGAAGUGUGACACUUGUGGAAAAGCUUUUAAGUAUAUAUCCCAAUUGAAUGCACAUGAGAGAACCCACACAGGUGAGAAGCCGUACCCAUGUGACACUUGUGAGAAGAGAUUUAGUGAAAUGACAAAACUGAAACAGCAUAUGAAAACUCACACAAACGACAAGCCCUACCCAUGUCCCACCUGUGAGAAAAGUUUCUGUCAGCUGGCCGUAUUAAAAGUGCAUAUGAGAAUUCAUACAGGUGAGAAGCCGUAUGCAUGUAACGCCUGUGAGAAAAGAUUCUCUCAUUUGUGCGGAUUACACAACCAUAUGAGAAUCCACACAGGUGAGAGGCCGUACCAAUGUAACACUUGUGGGAAAAGUUUCUCUCAGCUGGGCGCAUUAAAAGUGCAUAUGAGAAUUCACACAGGUGAAAAGCCGUACCCAUGUAAUGCCUGUGACAAAAGAUUCUCUGAUCCAAGUGCAGUGAAACGGCAUAUGAAAGUCCACACAGGUGAGAAGCCAUUCCCAUGUAACAUUUGUGAGAAAAGCUUCUCUCAUUUGUACAUAUUACAAAAGCAUAUGAGAGUCCACACAGGUGAGAAGCCCUAUUCAUGUGACACUUGUGAGAAAAGAUUCUGCGAGCCGGGUGCGUUAAAAGUACAUAUGAGAGUCCACACUGGUGAGAAGCCGUACCCAUGUAACGUUUGUGAGAAAAGCUUCUCUCAGAUGGCCGUAUUACAAGCACACAUGAGAAUCCACACAGGUGAGAAGCCGUUUCCAUGUAACGCUUGUGAUAAAAGAUUCUCUCAGGUGGGCUCAUUAAAAAUGCACAUGAGACUCCACACAGGUGAAAAGCUCUACAAUUGCAAAACUUGUGGAAAAGAUUUUAUACGUCGACAUCAGUUGAACAUCCACAUGAGAACACAUGAAAUAGAAAAAGACUCUUUUGUAAGCCAAACUGCCUCUAACGUUUGCUGAGCUGGUUUCUCUGAUAAGCAGGAGACUGAAACCUUCAUGUUGACUGCUAUUUGUGUGGAAAGUGACAGACAGUGAAGACCAAACUCUGGAUUUGAGUCCUUAUGAUACAUAAGAUACAGAUGUCUAGUGACUAAAAUCCUUCAUCUUGUUAAAAUAUAUAGUUAAAAUCAAGUUAAAUCUAUAAAAUGUAUUAUUUAAAUGUGGCUUAAAACUGGAUAAAAAGUCAAUUUACAAUUACAUGACAGGUGAUCAAAGGAAAUGGGCUGUUACCUUGAUUAAAAUUAUGGAUUUCUCUGGGUUUGAACAGUGUUGGAAACAUUUGGGACAAUUUAAGUACACAACUCAACAAAAUAUAUAAUAUGUUUAUAGUAUAGACUGUAUAUAUAACCUGUCAAUCACGACGUAGCCACACCCUAAUGCAUACCCUGCUUUAUCGUCAAAUAUAAAAUCAGGGAGGCCAAAAUUUCACAAAUGAACAUCAUACUGCAUUGUAAAGGCUUUAAACUAGCGAUUGAGACCAUAAACACAUUUUGCAAACGUUUACUGAGUUUAGAAAUCAAGUGAGAAGUUGGUGAAUUCUCCAUUGACUUGUAUAGAGACGGAAGUCCUUUUGACACCAAAACGGUCGCCCCGUGGUGGCCUUUUGAUAGAAUGCAGUUUUAAGUUACUUCCGCGUUGGCAUCAUUUCAGAGGACCAGAACUCCCCGCCUGGUUUAUAGUCGUUUUUUAGACAUUUUAAUGCAGAAUAAUCACAUAAUAAGUUUUUAUAUUGCCAACUAGAGUCUCUUUUUUUAUUAUAUUUCACUUUCCGUUUAAACUAAGACAACAUGUUUGUUCUUUGCUGCUUCAGUGAUGACACAAAUUGUAUUGAUGCACAUGAUGUUUUUCAUUAAGUUUCCAUGUUGCCAGCUACAUUGCAACAACAUGCUUUAUGUCUUCGGUGUUUAUUUUCAAUACAGUUUGUAUUUUUUUCACAGUUUAAUUUGAGAUACAGGUUUUGUUGUCUGCUGCUGUAUUGAUGACUUACACCAAUUGUAUCUGA